GAAAGAGAACAAAGAAAUCAUUGCAUAUACAUGACUGCAGUCUCCGCAGCAGCAGUCGCACAGGCAUUGCGCGAGUCGUUUGCACCGCUACCUUCCAUCGCAUUUCCACUUCCAGUAGUGGAGCUCGAGGAUACAGGAGGAGGAUGCGGGUCUCCGGGCUUCUGUCAGGCGCUUUCGCUCUGCAUGUGCUCCUGACCGUGAGAUGCAUGCCUUUGCAUGGGGGGCGAGGACUGAUGAAGCACAAAGAGCCCCCGAGUUUGCCACAGAUUCCUCAUUUGCUCUCUGAGAAGAGGAGAGACAGGGUCCACCUUCACCACCCUCAGGACACCAUUAAACCUCAGGCAAAGGGUGAGCCGCUCAGGAACAGCUCCGGGGGUGUAGGUCCACUGCGCUGUGGCGUCCCAGACUACCCCGACCAGAGAGAGGUGCAUCUCAGCAGGCACCCCCGGCAGAAACGCUUUGUGAUUUUUGGAGGACGCUGGCCAAAAACUGGCCUCACUUACAAAAUCCAGCGCUUCCCGUGGCAGAUGAGCGAGGAUAAAGUGAGGCGAGUUUUACUGGAAGCUCUCAAGGUCUGGAGUGAUGUCACACCUCUUACCUUUACUGAGGUUAUCAACCAAGAGGCCGACAUAGUCAUUGACUUCACAAGGUACUGGCAUGGUGAUAAUUUGCCAUUUGAUGGCCCUGGUGGGAUCCUGGCUCAUGCUUUUUUCCCAAGGACGCACCGGGAGGGAGACAUUCAUUUUGACUAUGAUGAGUCCUGGACGGUGGGCAAUGAACUUGGAACAGACCUUCUUCAGGUGGCAGCACAUGAGUUUGGCCAUGUCCUGGGUCUACAGCAUUCUAUGGAGCCUGGGGCCAUCAUGUCCCCAUUUUACAGCUUCUCCUAUCCUCUCCAGCUCAGUGAGGAUGACAAGAAAGGGAUCCAAUACCUCUACGGCCCCCGACCGCAAGCCCCGCCCCAAGUCCCUAUGGAAACCAAUGAGAUUAUCACCAGUGCACCUGACGCUUGUCACACAGAUUUCGAUGCUGUGUCUAUAAUCCGUGGGGAAUUGUUCUUCUUCAAGGCCAGCUAUGCCUGGCGCAUCAGGGAGGGCCGUCUGCAGGCGGGAUACCCUGCCUUGGCCUCCCGACACUGGAGGGGCAUUCCAGAGAAAAUAGGCGCCGCCUAUGAAGACAAAAAGGGCAAUAUCUGGUUCUUUGAAGGUUCCAACUACUGGGUGUUUGAUGCAGAGCACAAGAUAACAGGACCGGACCCUCUGCAGACUAUAGGCCUCCCUGUCACGCACAUUCAGGCUGCACUGCGCUUAAAGGAGCACCACGACCUCAAUACAUACUUCUUCAAGUCAGGAACCUACUGGCGUUUGGAUCCCCAAGACAACAGAGUGGACACACCCUUCCCACGCAGCAUCCAGCAGGACUGGUGGGGCGUCCCUGAUGAGAUUGAUGCUGCCUUCCAGGAUGCUCACGGCUUUGCCAUCUUCAUCAGUCGCCGACAGUACUGGAAGUUUGACCCAGUUCAGCGUAAGGUUUUGGAAGGUUACCCGCGCUACAUUGGUGCAGACUUCUUUGGAUGUAACAUGCCAUAAACCCUCAGGAAACAUUUCUGUCUCUUUCACCAUGUUCUCACACUCUGGUUUGAAGCAUACAGUGUAAAUUUCCCAACAUUUUCAUGAUGACGAACUGUACUAUGUAACCUAAGUUCUUGUUCCCCCGGGCAUUUCUCUUUCCUUCACCUCAAAAAUGUCUGAUUAAUCUAAUUUCUUCUCAGGAAAUCUUGCACAUCUGAGCUUUAUGAACCACGAGCAGCUAUGUCUGUAUUUGUUGUAUAUCAAGCAACCACUGUGUAAGAAGACAUAAAUACCCUGUUGUUAAGGUGCUAAAUAAGGUGCUAAACAUUUGUCAGGGAUCUUUGCACCAGUUGCAAUGUCCGUUACUCUUAUCUCUAAGUUUUUACAAUUCUUUGCAAGUUGUACUGUAUCUUAAACUGUGCAGUUUGUGUUAAUUAAUAACACACACACUCACACUUACACACUCACUCACACUUAUUUAGAGA